CAGGGGGACGCCGGAUAGGCCACGUGACGCGGCCGCUUCCAGAACUACAUCCCCCGUGAUGCUUUGGGCGCUCAGGGCUCCGUUGCCAUGGCGCCUUAGCGGUCUCCUUUCUCCAACUCCCUCGGGAUGCCGUUACCGCCGCUUUCUCCAGCUCGGGUGUUUGCCGAGCUGGUCCCUCCGCCCGCCGGGGGGGACAACAGCCGGGAGAAUGAAGUCCCGAGGCCGCCGGGGAGGGAAGUUCACGUCAGCGGCACCUCGGAGCUCAGCGCUAGGCCGGACCGGGCGAAAGUCACCGUUUACCUGAAGAGCAAGAAAGGAGAGGCCGGAGCGGCGCGGAGCAGCGUCACUCGGAGGCUGGAUUAUGUCGUCCAGAGCGCCCGGCAGCGCGGAGGAAUCUUGGAGAACGACAUGACUGUGACAAAGAACUUUAGUAGAAUAGACAAUUUGUAUAAGAUGGAAGCAGAGGUCUGCAUUAUAUUCAGUGAUUUCGGCAAAAUGCAAGACGUUUGUAACUUCCUUGUUGAAAAGCUAGGUAGCUCUGUUAUCAUCAGCCCACCUCACUUUUACCAUACAGUGGAGGCAGUAGAUGCCCUUCGACGUCAGGUUUGUCUUGCUGCUGUUGGGAGUGCCCGGCAAAAAGCUCAAGAAGUUUGCCAGUUGCUUGGCCAGCCCCUUGGGAAGCCUUUGCUAAUAAGGGAAGAGGAAGUGAAAGAGUGGGAGGGCCACCUCGAAAAUCACUUGGCCAAUGCCCCAGACUCACUGGGUUUGCAGCAGAGACUCCAGAGUGCCACCAUCUAUGUUUCCUCAAGGGUAUAUGCUGUUUUUGAAAUAAAGGGGGAAAGGAAGAGAAAACAAGCAGCUCACAUAAAUGUAAACUGAUUUAUUACUGAAGUCCUGAAUCAUUGUGUUUUCCUUUGGGAAGAACAUUAUUCUUGGGAAGCUUAACUAGCUUUUCCUUAAUCAAAAUGUUAAAGUGACUCUGAUGUUUGUUCACUUUUUAAACGAUUCCAUGAAAUUGUAGCACGGGUUGUAAUUCUCCGCACUUGGACGCAAGCUGUGGCUUGGAUCCCAAUUUACGUUUCAUUUCUUGGAAGAAAACUUCUUGCCAUGAAGAAGCCCUCGUGUUCAUAGAAGACACUUUCCAUUAUCAGCAGCUCCUUCCAUGAAUAAAACAAACUUUGGAAUCAACCUAGUGAAUGCUUGUGGUAGCCAUAGAUACAAGUACAUUUUUAAUAUACUGUUUAGAAUAAUUCUUAAUGGCUGGUGACAGAAACCAGUUUUUUUCCCAGAGUUUUACACUGGACAAAUUGCAUUUGGUGAAAUGCCACAUUGUCAGUGUAGUUCAAGAAAUCUCUGCUGAGAGUAGUUUUAUCAGGGGAGAAAUUCCCUGGAUGCCAGAAGCUCCUAGCCUUCAAAAAUAAGGAUGUGCAUUUACUGUCUGACAUGAGAAAUUUCUCAAAUAUAACCAGUCUGAGUUAAGAAAUUAUGAAUAAGAGACGGAAAUACUGUAAAACUGCAGUGUUGCUGAAAAACUUGCUAAUUUUUGGGUGUUGGUGGUGAGACUAGGCAAGGUGUCGAGUGAUUUCUGCUUGAAUAGUUUCACAGAUUAAGGAAUGCAGUUUAAACAAAAAGGAUGGAACUUACAACUCUGCCUAGUUUCUUAAUCUCCAAUUUAAUAAAAUUCUAACUUUCCAACCUGUA